UAUUUAUACAUCAAAAUGUCCCUUUCUGGCCUAAUUUUUUGCUCGUCCAAACCGCGUCGGAACCUUGUUGGUUCUACGGAAACAAACGCGGAAGGAAACGUGGGACGGCUGGCAGCACCGGACGGAGUUAACGGUAACACAGGCUCGAUACAUGUGAGACCACAUUGUCGUGGUAACAGGACAAUGCGGCGGCUGUACGUUGGAGGGUUGAGCCACACGAUCACCGAGAAGGAUCUGAAGGAUCGAUUUGGAAAGUUUGGGGAUGUGGAAGAUGUGGAGCUCCGGACCAGGAGGGACGAUGAAGGUGUUCCUUAUAAAACUUUCGGCUACAUAAACAUCGACAUUUCAGAUGCUGACCUGAAGAAAUGUAUGACGGUGCUGAACAAAUCCAAAUGGAAAGGAGGAACUCUGCAGAUUGAAACAGCCAAGGAGAGUUUUCUUCACAGACUGGCUGAGGAGAGGCAGGCGGCAGAGGAGCAGCGCCUGCAGCCUCGUGAAACCGAGGACAAGAGACAGAAGAUGUUGGACUCGCUGAGUAAAGCCGGCGUGGAGAACUUCACCAUGAAGGCCGCAGUGCCGGGGACAGAAGUACCAGGACACCAGGACUGGGUGGUCAGUAAAUUCGGCAGAGUCCUCCCCGUCAUGCAGCUCCAAUGUAAGAAAGGCAGCAGAGCUCGAACCCUGAAAUACGACCCUUCAAAAUACACCCACAACAUCCGCAAGCUGGACCGGAACACCGAGGAUCAAUCCACACCUGUCAGCCAGCUCACCUGGGAACUACAGGGAGGGGACGAUGACAUCAGCAAGAAGAGGCGGGGAGAGUUCCCUCCGUUUGAGCCAUCGAGACCCAAGAAGAGCCGGACUGACACCGUCAACUCCCAUAAUGCUUUGGGCAGGAGCAGAUUAAAGCAUCCUGUGGACUCUGUCGAUCACACUGAGGCUCGUCAGUCCACCAACAACAGUGUUGAAGCAACAACAAACCACAGACCGGCUCAGAGGAGGGGGACACAUUUCCCUGAUGGUGAUAUCGAUUCUUCAGACGAAGAGAUCCGUAGCAUGGUGGCGGCUCAAGACACCUCCUGUGGUGCACUGCAGCAGGAAGCUGAGGAGGAUAACCUAGAAGUGGUCGGACUCGACUACUUCGUGAAGUCCGGAUGCUCCCGCGAGGCAGACGACCAAGAAGAGAAUGACUACGACUCUGCAGACACAGAUGAACUCCUCGCCUCCAGAAAACCUAAUGCUCCUCCUCCACCACCGCAGGAGAGACUGACUCCACCCACCGAAAAUCACCUCUCAGGAAACGACACAGACAAGAAGAAGAAGAUGAAGAAGAAGAAGAAGAAGAAAAAAGCUGGAGAGGAAGAGGAGGAUUCAUCGGAUGCUGAAGAUCACCUCACCUCCUGGAAACUUUCUGCCCCACAGGAGAGCAGGGAUUCUGGGAAAAAGAGUUCUCAGAGCAAAAGUAAGAAAAUAACUGUCCUACCUGUUGAACCCCCUCAGUCUCAUUCAGAUAGUGAUGAGGAGGAGGAUGAGGAGGAGGAUGAAGAUGAGGCGGAGUUAGAAUCAGCUGAUGACAGUUCAGAUUAUGAUUAUGAAGCCAUGUUUUCUAAUGUCACCCGUCUGGAGAUCUCCCUGGCGGAUCUACAGAGAGUAGCUGAAGAAUUCCAGCAGACCUCUGAGACUAAACCUCCCAGCAUCCUCGGCUCCUCCUCUAAUCCGGAUCAACCUGUACCCAAAAAGGGCAUCCUGCCAGAAGACAUCCUCGCCUCCCUCAUGGCCGAUGACAGCAGCGAAGACGAGCAGAAGAAGAAGAAGAAAAAGAAGAAGAGAAAAGCCGUCAUGUCGACGCCGCUGCCCGCCUUCCAGGGAACGAGAGUGCUGAACAACGGAGUGGAAACAGAGGACUGUCAGAGGAGACUCGAAGAGGAGAAAGGAGGUGAGGUUAAAAGACAGAAGCUGGACCCUGUGACAGAACAGACAGCUGCAGAGAGCAGCGAGGAGGAGGAAGAAGAAGAAGAAGAGAAAAAGGUGAAGGUGGUUAAAAACAAAGCUGCAGUUUUAAAAUUGGUUCCAACUAAAGAUGUUGUAAACACUGAGGAAGCUGAGACUGAGUCCUUCUCUACCAGUGAUGAUGAUGAAGAAGAGGAGGAGGAAGAUGUUGAAGACGAUGAAGACGAGGAGAAAAAGGUGGAGGUGGUUAAAAACAUGGCUGCUCCACAGCUUUUAAAAGUGGUUCCAACUAAAGCUGCAAAAAACACAGAGGAAGCUGAGACUGAUUCCUCCUCUACCAGUGAUGAUGAAGAGGAGGAAGAGGAAAAGGGAACAAAGGCUACUGCUAUAACCAAAGCAGCAGCUAAGGCCUCACCUUCAUCCUCUUCAUCCUGCAGCUCUUCCAGUGAGGAGGAGGGGAUCAUUCCUGCCAAAGAUGCUUUGAAAGCUUCACCUCCGCCUGCUCCUCCCAGCGAGUCCUCCUCCAGCGACGAGGAGGAAGAGGAGGAAGAAGAAGAAGAAAAGCAGGCUCCUCCUCGACCGCCGCUGGGAGCUAAAGAGGAGGAGGAGCUGCAGAGGGUGGCCAACAUGAGGAGGCUGGCUGCCGUCCAGCAGAGGCAGAAAGAGGCUGACGAACACAAGAAGCUGAUUCAGGGAGCUUUGGCCAACCUGGAUGCACCUGCAGCAGGAGCGGGGAAACACAUCGUCUUUGGCUCUGAUGAUGAUGAGAGUGAGGAUGAUGAGAAGCAGCAGGCCACCCCAAACAUCACAACGCCAAAGAAGACGCUGUUCAACGACAGCCAAUCAGAGGACGAGGACUCAGAUGAUGAUGUAGCAACCAGUGAGAACAGCACAGUAAAAGAAAAGGUACAUCGGAAGCCGCCAGUCCCUCAGCUGUUUGGCGGCAGUGAGGAUGAGGAGGAUGGCGAUAAAGAAGAGGAUGGCGGCAGGUUUGACAUCAGGCCUCAGUUUGAAGGUCGAGCAGGACAGAAGCUGAUGGCGCUGCAGUCUCGUUUUGGGACGGACGAGCGUUUUAAGAUGGACUCUCGCUUCCUAGAGGAGGAUGAGGACAAAAAGGACGAGUCAGAGAACAAGAAGAGCGUUACAGAAGAUGAGGAGGCUCUAGAGGAGGAGAGGAAGAAGAACCUAUCCAUCUUGCAGGGAGUCCUCGGCAGCAGCCUACAAACCUGCAGCAGCAAGACAACCGUCAAAGCCAAGACCUUCAGAGACGUCUCAGCACUGCAUUACGACCCUAGCAAAGAGGAACAUGCGGCUUUUGAGACCAAAACAGAAGAAACCAAGGAAAGCAAGUCAGCAAGGAGGAAGAAGAGGGAGGAGGCACAGAAGCUUCCGGAAGUUUCCAAGGAUAUUUAUUAUGAUGUGUCCGGUGACCUGAAGGCCGUGUUUGGUGCAUCGAAGGAGGAUGAGGUCCCUGAAGAAGAAGAAGAAGAGAAGAUGAAUUGGGACCAAGAGGAAGAAGAAAAAGGGGAGGAAGGAGGGGACAAUGAACAGCCUCAGCCGUCUCUCCUCUCAGCUGAUCUAAGCACAGACAAAGAGGCGUCAUCUGGGUUUAAAUUCUCUUUCUUUGGAGACGACUUGGAAACGGAAAGCAAAGAGAAAGAAGAGUACAAAGUGGACAGCAUUCAGGCACCAAAGGUGUCUUGGCAACAAGACCCACGUUUCCAUGACAGCAGCUCAGAGGAGGAAGAGGAAGAGCAGGAGGAAGAUGAGGAGCAAAGUAGUGCUGUUGAAAAAAUCAUAGAAGAGGAGACUCCUUCAACGACUGAUCGAUUCUUCUUCUUCCUUGAAGACAGCAGACUGACAGAGGGUCCCAGGUUGUUCUGUCGCCCCUCUAACCUGGAGGAGCAGAGGGAGCAGUGGGAGGAGAGGAGGACCGCACUCAGACAGGAGUACCGCAAGAAACACAAGGAUGCUCGCAGGAAGCUGAAGUCCUCUCAGAAGAGCUGAGGAUUAUGGGAGUUGAAGUCUGGCUGGACUUCUGAAUCAUAAACUAAUUAGUUGCUCCCUGACUGAAUAUACCAAUCAACCAGAGGGAGCCGAAUAUCUGCUGAAGACACAGAAUUGAAAGGAAUGUUCCAGAGCGUCCAAAUAUCAAAUGUAUUUUUAUUUGAAAAACAGAGACGUAGCUUUGGUUAGAGUUUCCUGUUAACGGGUCAUCUACUCUGGUUGUCCUCGUUAGUUGCCAUGGAAAUAAUGCUGCUAAUGAACUUCUGGACAACAUGCAGCAGCUGCAGCAGCCAAUCACAGCUUCAGAGGACCAACCUUUGUUAUUAAAAAUGGAUGAAUAAAUAAGCAUUUCCAGGUUAUCCCCUCGUGUUCUUUCCAUUAAACAGUUUUGGUCUUUCUUACAUCAAA